AUGGGUGGCCCAGCAAGGGCUCUCCUUGGAGGGUUCAGCACAACCACCUCCUCUCUGGAGGUGGGAGGUCGGAUGUCUUGGCCGAGCAACAACCCCCUGGACCUCAACCAAACCCUGCCUUGGGGGAGUGUUGGUGCAGGAGGCGCGGCGGCCAUGAGUGCAGGCCUGGACAAUUUUACCCAGGAGUCCAUCACCAGGGCAGUGAUCAAAGAGAAAAACUGGCCGGCGCUGCUCAUUCUCGUCAUCAUCGCGCUGACGAUUGGCGGCAACAUCCUGGUGAUCCUGGCGGUGUCGCUGGAGAAGAAGCUACAAAACGCCACCAACUUCUUCCUGAGGUCGCUGGCUGUGGCAGAUAUGCUCGUGGGCAUCCUGGUCAUGCCGAUCUCCUUAAUCAACAUCCUCUAUGACUACGCCUGGCCUCUCCCCAGCGCUCUCUGUCCGAUCUGGAUCUACCUGGACGUCUUAUUCUCCACCGCCUCCAUCAUGCACCUGUGCGCCAUCUCCCUGGACCGAUACGUCGCCAUCCGCAACCCCAUAGAGCACAGCCGCUUCAACUCCAGAACCAAAGCAAUGAUGAAGAUCGCCGCAGUCUGGACCAUAUCUAUAGGUGUGUCGAUGCCCAUCCCGGUCAUCGGCCUCCACAACGAGGACAAGGUCUUUGUCAACGGCAGCUGUGUCCUCAACGAGGAGCGCUUCAUGCUGAUUGGCUCCUUUGUGGCCUUCUUCAUCCCACUGGUCAUAAUGGUGGUGACAUACUGCCUCACUAUACAGGUGCUCCAGAGGCAGGCCACUGUCUUCCUAUAUGAGGCAAAGACUUCCUCCCAGCAGCCUUUGCACACACCAGCCCCCCCCUCCACAGAGUUAAAGCCCCCACUCCCGCCUCCACCCCCGCCCCCUCAGAGCAGACGAAACACCCUGAGCUGUCUGAAAGGAGCGGAGCCCAGCAUACUGCUCAGCGCCUCCACAUCCGACAGCAUAAGCAUCAUUCCCAGCUCGGAGGCGGCGUCUCAGCUCAGCUCGCCAGCCGCGGGGCCGGGGCGGAGCGACACGUCGGGUUGCCACGGGCGACGGGGGAUGAUGCAGGCCAUAAAGAACGAGAGGCGGGCCUCCAAGGUCCUGGGAAUCGUCUUCUUCCUCUUCCUCAUCAUGUGGUGUCCCUUCUUCAUCACGAACGUUACCUUCGUCCUGUGCCGCGGCUCCUGCAACGAGUCGCUGCUCCACGACCUCCUCAAUGUCUUCGUCUGGGUGGGUUACAUCUCCUCCGGAGUCAACCCGCUGGUCUACACCCUCUUUAAUAAGACCUACAGGAGAGCGUUCUCCAGCUACAUCAGGUGCCAGUACAAAAUGGGGGCCAACGCUGCCGGACAGAGUUGCAAAACCCUCCUGGUCCCCCCACCGUGCCCGUCGCACGCCGUGACCCCUCUUCUGAUGGGCAGUCAUGGGAAAGCAGGCGUGGACCGGAACAGUAACUGUCGCAACGGCAGCAGGGGGGACAACGGGAGGCUGACAGUGGACCCCGAGGACACGACGGAUGACGGGACGCAAAUCGGAAUAGUGUCGCAGAGCCUCUCUGAAUGCCACAACAUCGGCAUACUAUCGGAGACAGAGCCGGAAACAGAGGUGGAGCAGGAGCUGUCGCUCAUCAGCUACAGCCCCGCCUCCAGAGAACACACAAGCAGCGUGUGA